CGCGGGCUUUGGCAGAGUUUUGUCCGAAUGCUGCUGGUGCUAGAGUGAGAGAUGGACCACACAUCUCCAACCUACAUGCUUGCUAACUUAGCCCACUUACAUUCUGAACAACUUCUGCAGGGCUUGAAUCUUCUUCGCCAGCAUCACGAACUCUGUGACAUCAUUCUUCGAGUAGGUGAUGUUAAAAUUCAUGCUCACAAAGUGGUACUUGCCAGCAUCAGCCCGUAUUUCAAAGCAAUGUUCACUGGAAACCUUUCUGAGAAAGAGAACAGUGAAGUUGAGUUUCAGUGCAUUGAUGAGACUGCUCUCCAGGCUAUUGUGGAGUAUGCCUAUACGGGGACUGUUUUUAUUUCUCAGGACACAGUUGAAUCCCUCCUGCCAGCAGCAAACCUUCUGCAGAUAAAACUCGUCCUGAAAGAAUGUUGUGCAUUUCUUGAAAGCCAGCUCGAUCCUGGUAACUGUAUUGGAAUUUCUCGUUUUGCAGAAACAUAUGGUUGUCACGACCUUUAUCUGGCAGCCACUAAAUACAUAUGCCAGAAUUUUGAAGCUGUUUGCCAGACUGAAGAGUUUUUUGAGCUUACACAUGCUGAUUUGGAUGAAAUUGUUUCUAAUGACUGUUUGAAUGUAGCUACUGAAGAGACAGUUUUUUAUGCAUUAGAGUCGUGGAUCAAGUAUGAUGUACAGGAACGCCAGAAAUACUUAGCACAGCUACUGAACAGUGUACGAUUACCACUGCUGAGUGUUAAGUUCCUCACUAGACUGUAUGAAGCAAAUCAUCUCAUUCGUGAUGAUCGCACUUGCAAACAUCUUUUGAAUGAAGCCCUGAAGUACCACUUUAUGCCUGAACAUAGACUGUCUCAUCAGACAGUCCUGAUGACACGACCUCGCUGUGCUCCCAAAGUACUUUGUGCAGUAGGAGGGAAAUCUGGACUCUUUGCCUGUCUGGAUAGUGUGGAGAUGUACUUUCCUCAAAAUGACUCUUGGAUUGGUUUGGCACCCCUCAACAUUCCUCGCUAUGAAUUUGGAAUAUGUGUUUUAGACCAAAAAGUGUAUGUUAUAGGUGGUAUUGAAACUAACGUGCGUCCCGGGGUCACCAUCAGAAAACAUGAAAAUUCAGUGGAAUGCUGGAAUCCGGACACAAAUAGCUGGACUUCGCUGGAGAGAAUGAAUGAGAGCCGAAGUACCCUUGGAGUAGCAGUGCUUGCUGGGGAGCUUUAUGCUUUAGGCGGUUACGACGGACAAUCUUACUUACAAUCUGUAGAGAAGUAUAUUCCUAAAAUAAGAAAAUGGCAGCCCGUGGCCCCCAUGACGACAACAAGGAGUUGUUUUGCCGCAGCUGUACUGGAUGGAAUGAUAUAUGCCAUUGGUGGAUAUGGUCCUGCCCACAUGAACAGUGUGGAGCGUUAUGAUCCAAGUAAGGACUCCUGGGAGAUGGUCGCAUCUAUGGCAGAUAAAAGGAUUCACUUCGGUGUGGGUGUCAUGCUAGGCUUCAUUUUUGUGGUGGGUGGUCAUAAUGGUGUCUCUCACUUGUCAAGCAUUGAAAGAUACGACCCCCAUCAAAAUCAGUGGACUGUGUGUCGGCCAAUGAAAGAACCCAGAACAGGAGUUGGUGCUGCAGUAAUUGAUAACUACCUUUAUGUAGUUGGUGGGCACUCAGGGUCUUCCUAUUUGAAUACAGUGCAGAAAUAUGACCCUAUCUCAGACACUUGGCUGGAUUCAGCAGGCAUGAUAUACUGUCGCUGCAACUUUGGACUAACUGCACUCUGACCAGUGGGACUCCUGGAAAUGGCGUGGUCGUGAAACUUGUACCGCAUGAAAGGAUGCCCAGCUUUGUGAGACCCACAAGCUGCAUUGCUUGCUUUUUAACUUGAAGUGGCAUGAAGACUCAAAGUUUUGUUGGUACUUUGAAUUGACAAAUAGUUUUGGUUGCUCUUGAUUACAUAGUAAAUCAAUAAUCAAAAA